AUGCAGAUGAACAGCUCCUAUCCUACAUCUGUGAGAUCCCAGGUGAACAGCUCCUAUCUAACAUCUGUGGGAUCCCAGGUAAACAGUCCCUAUCCUAGAUCUGUGGGAUCCCAGGUAAACAGUUCCUAUCCUAGAUCUGUGGGAUCCCAGGUGAACAGUCCCUAUCCUAGAUCUGUGGGAUCCCAGGUGAACAGUUCCUAUCUUAGAUCUGUGGGAUCCCAGGUAAACAGUUCCUAUCUUAGAUCUGUGGGAUCCCAGGUGAACAGUUCCUAUCCUAGAUCUGCGGGAUCCCAUGGCCAGGUGAACAGUUCCUAUCCUAGAUCUGUGGGAUCCCAGGUAAACAGUUCCUAUCUAACAUCUGUGAGAUCCCAGGUGAACAGUCCCUAUCUAACAUCUGUGGGAUCCCAGGUAAACAGUUCCUAUCUUAGAUCUGUGGGAUCCCAGGUGAACAGUUCCUAUCCUAGAUCUGUGGGAUCCCAGGUGAAAAGUUCCUAUCUUAGAUCUGUGGGAUCCCAGGUGAAAAGUUCCUAUCUUAGAUCUGUGGGAUCCCAGGUGAACAGUUCCUAUCUUAGAUCUGUGGGAUCCCAGGAGAACAGUUCCUAUCCUAGAUCUGUGGGAUCCCAGGUAAACAGUUUCUAUCCUAGAUCUGUGGGAUCCCAGGUAAACAGUUCCUAUCUUAGAUCUUUGGGAUCCCAGGUGAACGGUUCCUAUCUUAGAUCUGUGGGAUCCCAGGUGAACAGUUCCUAUCCUAGAUCUGUGGGAUCCCAGGUAAACAGUUCCUAUCUUAGAUCUGUGGGAUCCCAGGUGAACAGUUCCUAUCCUAGAUCUGUGAGAUCCCAGGUGAACAGUUCCUAUCCUAGAUCUGUGAGAUCCCAGGUAAACAGUCCCUAUCCUAGAUCUGUGAGAUCCCAGGUGAACAGCUCCUAUCCUAGAUCUGUGGGAUCCCAGGUAAACAGUUCCUAUCCUAGAUCUGUGAGAUCCCAGGUGAACAGUUCCUAUCCUAGAUCUGUGAGAUCCCAGGUAAACAGUUCCUAUCCUAGAUCUGUGGGAUCCCAGGUAAACAGUUUCUAUCCUAGAUCUGUGGGAUCCCAGGUAAACAGUUCCUAUCUUAGAUCUGUGGGAUCCCAGGUGAACAGUUCCUAUCCUAGAUCUGUGAGAUCCCAGGUGAACAUUUUACACCAUCAGCCUGAUUAG